AUGUCCGCCCCAACGCUACGCCAGACGCCAGCAGCUGGCACCAGGGACGCCAGACGCCAGCAGCUGGCACCAGGGACGCCAGACUCCAGCAGCUGGCACCAGGGACGCCAGACGCCAGCAGCUGGCACCAGGGACGCCAGACUCCAGCAGCUGGCACCAGGGACGCCAGCAGCUGGCACCAGGGACGCCAGACUCCAGCAGCUGGCACCAGGGACGCCAGCAGCUGGCACCAGGGACGCCAGACGCCAGCAGCUGGCACCAGGGACGCCAGACGCCAGCAGCUGGCACCAGGGACGCCAGACUCCAGCAGCUGGCACCAGGGACGCCAGACGCCAGCAGCUGGCACCAGGGACGCCAGACGCCAGCAGCUGGCACCAGGGACGCCAGACGCCAGCAGCUGGCACCAGGGACUCCAGCAGCUGGCACCAGGGACGCCAGCAGCUGGCACCAGGGACUCCAGCAGCUGCCACCAGGGACGCCAGCAGCUGGCACCAGGGACGCCAGCAGCUGGCACCAGGGACGCCAGACGCCAGCAGCUGGCACCAGGGACGCCAGCAGCUGGCACCAGGGACGCCAGACUCCAGCAGCUGGCACCAGGGACGCCAGCAGCUGGCACCAGGGACGCCAGACGCCAGCAGCUGGCACCAGGGACGCCAGACUCCAGCAGCUGGCACCAGGGACGCCAGACGCCAGCAGCUGGCACCAGGGACGCCAGACUCCAGCAGCUGGCACCAGGGACGCCAGACGCCAGCAGCUGGCACCAGGGACGCCAGCAGCUGGCACCAGGGACGCCAGCAGCUGGCACCAGGGACGACAGCAGCUGGCACCAGGGACGCCAGACUCCAGCAGCUGGCACCAGGGACGCCAGACGCCAGCAGCUGGCACCAGGGACGCCAGACGCCAGCAGCUGGCACCAGGGACGCCAGACGCCAGCAGCUGGCACCAGGGACGCCAGACUCCAGCAGCUGGCACCAGGGACGCCAGCAGCUGGCACCAGGGACGCCAGACCCCAGCAGCUGGCACCAGGGACGACAGCAGCUGGCACCAGGGACGCCAGACGCCAGCAGCUGGCACCAGGGACGCCAGCCGCCAGCAGCUGGCACCAGGGACGCCAGCAGCUGGCACCAGGGACGCCAGACGCCAGCAGCUGGCACCAGGGACGCCAGACUCCAGCAGCUGGCACCAGGGACGCCAGACGCCAGCAGCUGGCACCAGGGACGCCAGACUCCAGCAGCUGGCACCAGGGACGCCAGCAGCAGGCACCAGGGACGCCAGACGCCAGCAGCUGGCACCAGGGACGCCAGCAGCUGGCACCAGGGACGCCAGCAGCUGGCACCAGGGACGCCAGACUGGCCAGCAGCUGGCACCAGGGACGCCAGCAGCUGGCACCAGGGACGCCAGACUCCAGCAGCUGGCACCAGGGACGCCAGCAGCUGGCACCAGGGACGCCAGACUCCAGCAGCUGGCACCAGGGACGCCAGACUCCAGCAGCUGGCACCAGGGACGCCAGACGCCAGCAGCUGGCACCAGGGACGCCAGACUCCAGCAGCUGGCACCAGGGACGCCAGACGCCAGCAGCUGGCACCAGGGACGCCAGCAGCUGGCACCAGGGACGCCAGCAGCUGGCACCAGGGACGCCAGACGCCAGCAGCUGGCACCAGGGACGCCAGACUCCAGCAGCUGGCACCAGGGACGCCAGCAGCUGGCACCAGGGACGCCAGACUCCAGCAGCUGGCACCAGGGACGCCAGCAGCUGGCACCAGGGACGCCAGACGCCAGCAGCUGGCACCAGGGACGCCAGACUCCAGCAGCUGGCACCAGGGACGCCAGCAGCUGGCACCAGGGACGCCAGCAGCUGGCACCAGGGACGCCAGACGCCAGCAGCUGGCACCAGGGACGCCAGACGCCAGCAGCUGGCACCAGGGACGCCAGACUCCAGCAGCUGGCACCAGGGACGCCAGACGCCAGCAGCUGGCACCAGGGACGCCAGACUCCAGCAGCUGGCACCAGGGACGCUAG